AUGCUUCUCCCUCCUCAUCUUCACGAUGAGAUCGAAUCGACUUCCUAUUUCUCCUCCCGCCAGCAUCCCCACACCCGCGAGAGACCCCUUUCAGCCAGCUUUGAUCUGACGCCGACUUCCCGCUCUCUGUCCGAUCGCCUGCCAUAUGCCACCCCUUCGAAGAUACCAUUGGCCGAUGACUUUCGGCCUAGCGAAUCCCUGCCACGAGACAGCAGCCCCCUUCAUAGCCGCCUAGCCGGGAAUCCCCCUCAGCCCGCUUCAGCCUCGACUCGAUUUGUGUCCCGGGGUCCGAGUCCCAUUUUGCCGUCGAUCCGCGAUCUUCAGUCCCUUCCUGAACGGGGGAUGUCCCCUUCAGCGGCUGCAUUCUCGGAAUCCAGGGGGCUAUCGCGACCCGAGUAUGCGGCACCCGACUUUCGCGCUGGACCUAUGAGCGGCCACGGAUUUCCCGCGACCAGUCUUUCAGGGCCUUUGGGUGAUCGGAGGAGCGCAGAUUCGUUUAUGGGAGGCCCUGGUGGUCCGCAACCGCUGCCCAACCAAGUCGCAUACCCGUACCCCACGAUGGCCUACCAGAGCGACUCCGAGCAAGUCACCCCGCAAUCGCUAUCGCACGCGCAGCAAUCCAACUUUGGCAUUCUUGGCGAUCCGAACGAUUCCAAGAAAACGCGCAGACGGGGCAAUCUGCCGAAGCCGGUCACGGACAUCCUACGCGCCUGGUUUCACGAGCACCUUGACCACCCAUACCCCAGCGAGGAGGACAAGCAGAUGUUUAUGACUCGCACUGGUCUCACGAUCAGUCAGAUUAGCAACUGGUUCAUUAACGCGAGGCGGCGACAACUCCCCGCUCUCCGAAACCAGAUGCGGAACGGUGGCAAUGACAUCGAUUCUCAACGGCAGUCUCCUUUUAGCGACGUAGAGCACACGUCUCCCGAGUCAAUGCCAUCUCCCCACAUGGGCACGAAGCCCUGA